AAUAUGUGCUCAUGUAUGAGUACCUAUUUUAAUUCCAAAAAUUGCUUAUUAUUAUCUACUCUUUUUUCUUAGAAUUAAACUUAUCUUGUUUAAAUGUGAAAAGUACAUAUUACAGAGUAAAACAUAAUAAAGUUUUUUGGAUAUAACUCACAAGAUUAGAAUAAUAAUUUUAUCUUUUUGAAGAAAGUUAUAAUUAUAAAAAAAAAUAAAAAAUUAAAACCACUGGUCCACUAUUAUUCAUGAAUAUUAUAUUAAAUGUAAAUAGUUAAUUGAAAAAAAAGGAUCAUUUACCCCAACAUAAUUCACAAAAUUCACAUCAUAUAGAGUAUUAUCAAUAAGUGCAUAAAAGUGUGCAAUAAUUAAUACCUCAAUUUUAUAUUAUUUACAACAAUUAGAUACUUUCUAAUUAUAUUUUAUGUCAAAACAUUAAAUACAAAUAAUAUAAAACAGAGAUAGUACACCCCAAUAGAUGGAUAGCAUCAUUGUAAGAGUGUCCAUUUGUAUAGCAAAGAACAGUUCCCCUCCCCUUUACUCCUUUAUUACUCCAAAAAUACAUCUGCCUACCUCCCCAUCAAAUCAUCAACUCCCUCUCCUACCUUCUUUUUCAUAUAACCACUCAAAAUUUAGUAAUCACCUCUUUCCCUCCCUCUUAACUCUUUCCAUUUUCUUCCACUCUUUUCCAUUUCCCAUUUUCUCUCUCCUCCAUGGACGACGAUCCUUACCACGUCCCUCAACAAAGCCGACGUCACAAACUCCGCUACCACCCCCACCACCACAAUCAUCGGAACAACGAUAUUGAUAUCGAUAUCGUUGUUUCGCAACACCACCACCCUUUCCUCUCCCCUCUCCAAGUACUCCAACCAACUUCCUCCGCUUCUUCAUCAGCUGAUCAUCCGCCAAUAAUGGCGGCGGCAUCAACUAAUUUAUCACUGUCUUCCUCCUCCGCCCACGCGCGCGCGUACCUUCCUUCUCCAGUGGGCCCAUUUACGGGCUACGCUUCUAUAUUGGGCCGAUCUAGGUUCCUCCGGCCCGCCCAAGAAAUUCUCGAAGAAUUCUCCCGUGCCAGUGGAGUUUCCUUCGAGAAACAAGGGCCUUAUAAGAUUCUAGAAGAUUCUGGAACCUUGUUUAAUGAUACUGAUGAUGAUUUGUCACUCCGAUGUAGUAAUCCUAACCUCGUAUCUAUGCUUCAUGAGGUUUACAAGAGAUAUAAACUCUACUGCCAACAAAUGCAAUCAGCUGUUUCAUCAUUUGAAUCUGUUGCGGGUCUUGGAAAUGCUGCCCCAUUUUUAUGCUUUGCUGUUAGAGCCAUGAUUAGGCAUUUCCAGUGCUUAAAGAAUGCCAUUCUGGAUCAAAUUCGCGUUACUAGUAAAGCUUUCUCAAGUAGCGUAGAUACCAGGAGUGAUCGCACUCCAGGGUCCUGCUCAGAAGACAAAGGUCCAUCUCCUAACUUUCUCCAACAUCCUGUCUGGCGAUCCCAAAGAGGAUUUCCUGAUAAAGCUGUAGCUGUUCUGAAAAAUUGGCUAUUUGAACACUUUCUACACCCUUAUCCUAGUGAUUCUGACAAGCACAUGUUGGCGCAGAAGACCGGCCUAUCAAGAAGUCAGGUAUCUAAUUGGUUCACCAAUGCAAGAGUGAGGCUGUGGAAGCCGAUGGUGGAAGAAAUGCACGCAUUUGAGAGGAAAACUCAAUGCUCCAAGGCAGAAGAUACGCCAAAAUUCUUCAGUUUGGUGACUGAUCAGCAAACUUCAUUACAGCCCCAGCUAUCUGAGAAGGAUUUCCAGAUUACAUACUCACAUAGAGAUCAAGAUAAUAGUCAUUGUAAGCGCAGUAAGAUUGAAGCAUUUCCGAGAGCAGAGCAGGGAAAGGAACAGUUCAGCAUGCUUUGCAACCGUCUUCCAAACAACCAGGUUCUCGAUGUUGGAGGAAGUCAUAGUGGAGCACAUAUAAGCCAUUCUUCUGCUAUAGGUAGCAAUCAAGAUAAUACAACUGGGUUGUCGUGGUCUAAUCAUGGGCAAAUCGUACCAUUCUGGCUUGCCAAGCAAUAAUUUUCAUGGUUCUAGGAAAUUGAUUUCGGCUCUUGAAAGUGCAUAAUUAGAAUCUCAUAUGGACUCCAGAAUUAUUUGCCCAAAUUUGUCUAGGAAAACUGAUGUAACUGCAUGCUCGAUCUUGAGAGUGCCUGAAAUUCUACUAGAUUCAGAAUUCAAAUUGCUCGAAAGUUUGAGCAUGUGUAUGUAGUUUGUGUUUAAUUAGAUGACUUCAUGUUUAGCAUUGUAGAAUAUAAUCCAUUGACUUGCAUAGUUGCUUGUCCAUCUUCCUUUCCUCGAAAAAUCUUGUGAUUCAUCUUGUAUGAGAAAUAUUGUGAAAA